UAUAUCUAGCCUCAUCCAUCCGAUUACUUGGUUUUUACUAGCUUGUAUAGUUAGGAAUUAUCGAAUUUUUUAAAAAACUUUUAUCGUUUUUAUUAUGUCUGAGGAAGCUUCCACAACUAUCAAAGAGACUUCUGAACAGGAGCAUUUGCAGCCACUUAUCCAGCAACCAGCUGUUGAAGAAGCUGAUUUAGAACGAGUUCAAGAAAAUGUCGAUGGAACUGAAAGUGCCGGCUCUGUUGUUGCCGAUGACACUUCAGAUCUUGCUGCCAUUGGUGACAACACCAAGCCCCAAUCAAAUGUACAAGAUAUUACAACGGGUGGCGGCGGUAUAGAGGAUUCAGUGGAAAGUUUCAUUUCCGGUAGAAGCAGUAGCACGGAAUCUCAGCAGGGUGGUGCUAGCGAUGGAAUUAGCAGACAGCUUUCGCAGGAGAGUGGCGCUUUCUUCAGAAAGUCACAGGAGGGCAAUGGCAGAUUACACUUGCUUUGCGCAAUCGGUGGUGCGCAUAGACGAGAUUCUCCGGACGGUGCUCCAGCUUCUAGUUCCAUUAAUGGUAGCAGCAGUUACCGAACUGCUUUGUCUGAUUCUUGUAGUCGGGCCUCACUGGAAAGUAGUGUUGCUGGAGGCAUUUCUAAUAGCCAGGAUUCAAAAGAAAGUUCUGCCAAUGUUACGGGGUCUUGGGAAGGUAUUGCUACUCCUGUUCCACCUCCUACUGCGAGCGUUGCCACCCAAUCGGCUACUACGAGUGUUGCCGCCCAAUCGGACCGACGGUCACCUGAAGUUACGCUCAGGCAAGACACAAAUGAAAGAGUAACUCCUUCAGAGGAAGGUUUGAGCUGGGAAGGCCGUUUACUCUUGCGCAUCUUACGUGGACUUGAUCGUAUGGGGCCUUUUGCAAGAGGCUUAAGAAAAUCUAUUAUCUACAGAAUCUUUAACAGACCAGUGCUAUUGAUUUUAGCAAUAUCUGCCAUAUACAUGGGCAUAAAAUACCAUUUUCAAUGCCCUGCGAAAGAAAUGCUGCCUUUUUACUGCAUGUGGCUGGGAGUUGCUGGCAUUGUUUUAUUUGCGUUCACUUUUGCGUUAGAUCUGAGAUAUUUAGCGUGUCCCUCUAUUGACAGGGGAUACUUUUAUUUUGGAAUCGUAGUCGCUUUUGUAAUGUUUUUGUGGCACUUUAUAGAUGUUCUAAUCUGGACGUACGGAGAUAUUCCAUCCUUCGAUCCUUCUGACGAGAAGAAUUACUGCGACGAGACGUUCUACAUCUAUUGUUUUUCUGUGAAUAUCUUGAUCGGCAUACUUUUAAUGUCAGCUGGGUUCAUUCUCUUCUCCACAAGGAAUGACAGCGUGGCAGAAUAUGAGCGAUUUUGAAGAAAUUUCAUUUUUCAAAUUUUUAGCGUUUGUAUUGCAUAUUCUUUUUAAUGGUGUUUUUAACUUGUCAAUUACUUUUCAAAUAAAGUUCUU